AUGGUGUCCUACCCCAGACUGCCCAGCUCCGGCAUCAAGGUGAUCGUCGUCGGAGCCGGUUUCGCAGGACUGACUGCGGCCAUCGAAUGCGACCGCAAAGGCCAUUCCGUCACCGUCUUUGAAAGGGUCUCCGACCUCAAACCCCUCGGGGACAUCAUCAGCUUCGGCCAAAACGCCUCGCGGAUAUUUGCAAAGUGGCCAGGGGUCAUGGAGAAGACGGAGCCGAUCAUACACAAGAGCGACGGCAUAAACUACCACAACUGGGAAGGCAAGAUAAACGGGCACCGGGGGGAGCUGCACAAGAUCUUGUACCAUCAUGCGCUGGACCGGGGCAUAGAUGUGAGGCUUGGCCAGAGCAUCACGGAUUACUUCGAGGACGGUGAAAAGGCCGGGAUUGAGGCCAACGGCGUCAAGCACACGGCUGAUGUUGUCUUGGCCGCGGAGGGUGUGAAGUCGAGAGGGCGGAUGAUAGUGCUGGGAUUCGACGACAAGCCCCAGCCCUCUGGGUACGCCGUCUACCGAGCAUGGUUCUCCACGGAAAAGCUGAAGCAGAACGACUUGACCAAGCACCUCGUGCAGUCAGAUAGCCACAACGCAUACAUUGGCCAGGACAUUCACUUCAUCGCAGCGGCGAUCAAGGACGGCGAGGAGAUGAGCUGGGUGUGCACGCACAAGGACGAGGCAGGAAUCGAAGAGAGCUGGCAGUUUCCCGGAAAAGUCGAAGACGUCCUGAAGGUCCUGGGCGGUUGGGCACCCGUGGUCCAGGAGCUUGUCAAGGCAACGCCGCACGACCGUCUGUUCGACUAUAAACUCGUCUACCGAGACCCACUUCCAACAUUCGUCUCUCCUCAGCGUCGGAUUGCCCUGAUUGGUGACGCUGCACACCCCUUCUUGCCGACUUCUAUCCAGGGAGCAAGUCAAGCCAUGGAAGACGGUGUAACCUUGGCAGCUUGCCUCGACAUGGCCGGCAAGGAGAAGGUGACGGAGGCAAUGCGGGUGUAUGAGAGGAUAAGGUACGAGCGUGUUCACAAGAUACAGGCGACUGGUGUCACUACGCGAGAUAAAUGGCACAAGGCGGACUGGGACCUGAUCUGGCAGGAUCCGACUCUGCUGCAUCUGAAGCGCGAAGAGUGGAUACUCAAUUUCGAUGUCGAGAAAAACGCCUACUCGGAGUAUGAGAAUGUGCGGAAGUCUCUGGAUAACACAAUUGAAGGUAAAUAUGGGAGUUAA